AUGUUAGAGAAGGAAGAGAAAAGGAAUGUAGGACUCAGCACAGAAGGAACAGGAACAGGAAAGUUCACGUUGAAGGAGGAACUGAUGGAGAUUAUGUGCAGUUUUCGCCUGCUCGGGACUAGAAGGACAUUUAACCUCCUCCCUCUCUCCCCAGACUCGAGCGCGGAGAAGGUGGCGUACCCGGUGGUGGUGUACGUGCACGGCGAGUCGUACGAGUGGGGUUCGGCCAGCCUGUACGACGGCUCCGUGCUGGCGGCGCUCGGCAGGCUCAUCGUCGUCACCAUCAACUACAGGCUGGGCAUCCUGGGCUUCUUCAACCCGAACGUGGACCCCCUGGGGCGCGCCACGGUGGCCAACUACGGCCUCAUGGACCAGCUGGCGGCGCUGCACUGGGUCCAGGAGAACAUCGUGCGCUUCGGCGGCGACCCCGGCCACGUCACCGUCAUGGGCCACGGCACCGGCGCCGCCUGCCUCAACUUCCUCGUCAUCUCGCCCGCCGCCGCAGCCGGCCUGUUCAAACGAGCCAUCCUCAUGUCCGGUUCAGCGCUGAGUCCUUGGGCGGCGGUACAGGAACCCGUGUACUACGCGGUGCAAGCGGCGCGACAACUGGGCUGCGAUGUACCUGACGACCUGUACCGGCACUACGAGACCCUCCUGCACUGCCUCAGGGACCGUACCGUCGACCAGAUCCUCCAGGUUGAGUUGGAGACGCCACAGUUCCUGUCAUCCAUUGGUCCCAGUGUGGACGGGGUAACGAUAAGGCCGGAUUGGAAGCAGCAGCACACGAAAAUGGGUCAGGAAGGUCGCACUCCUGUGGACAUCCUGCUCGGCGUCACAGCUACGGACAUCCUCGAGGUGUUCAGCGACGCCGAAAUACAGCAUGGGUUCGAGGCCGACCACCGGGACCGUAUUCUUCGAACUUUCGUCACGAACAACUACCGCUAUCAUCUCCAGGAGAUCGUGCUGGCCAUCACCGCCGAGUACACGGACUGGUCGCGGCCCGUGCAGCAUCCGGUCAACAUCCGGGACCUGACGGCGGAGGCGCUGCACGACGCGGCGCUCGUGUCGCCCGUCACCGUCGCCGCCAACCAGCUGUACACCGCCGCCAGGGCCGCCUACUUCUACGUCAUUGACCACACGCUCGACGACCCCGACCCGGAGAGAGGACCCGAAGUCUCCCUCAAUGAGCUCCUGUACGUGUUUGGAACCCCACUAGGGGCUGGGGGUCCCGUGGCUCCCCCCAUCAACUACACCAAGACAGAGGCAGCUCUCAGCGAAUCGGUUAUCACAACUUGGACCAAUUUCAUCAAGACAGGAAACCCGAACGAGGGCGGCGUGGGCGGCGACGGCGGAAAUCCUCGCGAGAAAUACAAGUACAAGAGUCAGGAAUGGGCGAAUUAUGAUCCCCAGUACCGCAGAUUCCUCGAGUUCGGCAGCCGCGGCCGCGUGCGGGACCACUACCGGGCGAGCCGCGUGGCGCUGUGGUCGUGGCUGGUGCCCGGCCUGGAGCGCGUGGGCGCCCGCUACGGCCCCGACUCGCCCUUCCACCGCCUGCCCGACCACCAGCGCCCCGACACCUUCUCGGGCCCGACGCGCCCCACCAACCUGUCCAGCAACCUCCUGCCGCCCCCGACCACGCCCCCGCCGCCGCCCACCACCCUCGCGCCCGCCUCGUCCCCCGCGCCUCGCCACACCACGCCCGCCGGCGCGGUGGGCGCGAACGGCAGCAGCAGCGUGGCCGGGCUGCUAGAGGGCCUGGGGCUGGGCCAGCGGCAGCCGCAGCCGCACCCGCAGCAGGGAGCCGCCGCCUUCCCCUACACGACGGCGCUGAGCCUGACGGUGGCCAUCGGCUGCUCGCUGCUCAUCCUCAACCUGCUGGUGUUCGCCGCCGUCUACUACCGCCGCGAUUCGGCCCGCGGCCACGUGGCCCUCAGCAAGCCGGCGUCGGGCCACGAGGGCGGCGCGGGCACGGAGGGCGGCGGCAUCGGCCUGGGCGGCAUGGGCGGCGGCGGCACCGACGUGCAGCUGCGCUCGCCCGGCGACGGCUGCAAGCCCUCGUCCCCGUCGCACUGCGGGACGCUGCGCUCGUCCGCCACACUGCGCUCGUCGCUGGCCACGUCGUGCGACGGCGACCAGCACGAGUGGCCGCCCGACUACACCACGUGCUGCCAGGGCGGCCCGACCUCGGCCCAGGGCGGAGGACAGGCCGCGCCCUCUUCGCGCCCCCCGCACAACGGCACGGCCACGCUGAGGGCCGUGCCGCGCCCCCCGCCCCCGCCGAGGUCGUCCUCGUACCCGUCCCACGUCGAGGCCCAGCCGCUGCUCUCGCCCUCCGCCCUCCUCCACGCCAACAACGCCCAGUGCUCCGAGAUGCGGUCUUCUUCUUCUUCUUCUUCUUCUUCUUCUUCUUCUUCUUCUUCUUCUUCUUCUAUGGUACUACAGCAUGUCACAUGCCUUAGUCCAAAAGGGGAGACACGAACUUCAAGAGAGCACAGGUCUAAUAACACUAAGAACACGACUAACGUUCAGAACAGAAGUGAAACACCAGCCUCGUGCAGAUGUGCAGAGUUUCUCGAAGAAGAAAGAAAGAAAAAAACGGAGAGAGAGAGGAUGCAAGGCGUGCGAAGGCCAGCCUUCAGGCGGUGUGCUGUACCCAGUACGCUCGCUGUGGAGUGGACAGCCCAGGAUCUUUAUGAGAGGGAAUGCGAAGUGAUGGCGCAGUCAAGCCGAAAGGGUGAGGUGCAAGGCAGCCUCACGCGGGUGCACAGUGAGACCUGGCCUCAACCACGUGGCGCCCAAAGAUGA